AUGCUCCCUGAGUCGAAAUCAACCGAUAAUCCUGAUGGAAUCAAACGGUUCGCGGGCUCCCAUACGCUCCGUCGCUCGCGUCGAUAUCGCGCCGAGCACGAGGCCAAAACGGCCCUUAUCUCGGUGACUCUACGACCUCGGUACAAUCACAAGCUACUCUACAAUUUCUGUCGGACUAAAGGGUGGCAGAUAGCGCGCUAUCGCAUCGGCAUUGGCGCGGGUUCGAACCCGGCGGGCUAUCGCGCUCAUUACGCGAUAGUUAUUCAGUUUGUUAACAAUGCCGUCUGCGCUGAUAUCGUGCCGCUAAUGAGACUGUGCCUUAGAUACGCGGCUCGUUUAGCGUUCGUUUUUAUCGGGCCGCUUGUACGAAUCGAAUCCUACGUCGAUAGAGACGUGUACAUGUACGCC